AUUAGAAGCCAAGCAUAGCGGAGUGACUACUCGUCAGGCGCGCAGCAGUCCUGCUCCUACCCAGUUCCUGUUUCCGCCUUCAGUCUUCAGACAGUUUACAACUCAAAGCAUCAUGGUCAGGCAGAAUAUAGACCUUGAAGAAACGCAAGCUCAAUGAGAUAAAGCCAGGCCUGCUCCGUGUCAUCGAUGGCCAUUCAGCGUACACUGUGAGACGCCUCCUGAGUGUUCGACCACGGGGCAGGCCAACCAGCAACUGGUUGACUGGGAGGGUUAUGGCCCGGAGGAGAGGUGCUGGGUCCCCGCUAGAGACAUCCUGGACCCAGCCCUCAUCGCCAACUUCCACCGCUGGCACCCCGGUCAAGGAAGAAGUUGUUCUCUGAAGUCCCAAGUGAGGAUUCUGUGAGGCUUCUAAAAAAGAAGACCAGAGAGACUGAGCCAUCUGCCAGUCAGUCAGAGGACUGCACAGACACAGAGGGUGACACCAGUGAGCUGGCCAGACUACCAGAGCCCGGCUCAGCACAAGCCCAAUCCAGCCUCGCCCAGAGAGGGCCCACCCAGGAAGGCAGGCCACAACAAUGGACCUCAACCCAUCCUAACCCCCUGCAGGAACCAUAGCCAUGCAUUAACUAUCCCCACCAACCAAACCCCAACUGGACCACGCUCACCUCCUCCGUUCUCCCUCUACCCUACGCCCUCCAUCUCCAUUCACACCAUGCUUCAGAGCCUAUUGUGACGGGAGUGCUGCUCACCCCCCCAUCCCUCACCCCUCCACCCCAGAGACCCCAGAGGGGUGAAAGAUGCGGCCAUGGGCAGGUUCGUGGCGCUGGAUUAUGCUGGUGCUCCUUGCGUGGGGUACACUGCUGUUCUACAUCGGAGGACACCUGGUUAGGGACAGCGAGCAUCCGGAGAGAUCCAGCAGAGACCUGUCCAAGAUCCUGGCCAAGCUGGAGAGACUGAAACAGCAGAAUGAGGACCUGAGACACAUGGCUGAGACACUCAGGUUACCAGAUGGUCAGUCUGACGGGGGCCAGGUGGUGAGCGCAGGGAGACUGCGGACCCUGGAGGAACAGCUGAUCAGAGCUAAAGAACAGAUCAACUCCUAUCGUAGCCUGCCUGGAGACGGGCCAGGUAGGAACCAGGAGGAGCUGCGGAGGAAGAUAGAGAACGGGGUGAAGGAGAUCUGGUACUUUGUCCGCAGUGAGGUCAAGAAGCUGGGUCACAUGGAGCAGGGAGACCUGCAGAAACACAUCGACACACUGCUGCAGGAGUUGGGACACCAGCAGAGGUCGAUCAUGACUGACCUGCACUACCUGAGCCAGGCUGAUGGAGCAGGAGACUGGAGAGAGAAGGAGGCCAAGGAUCUGUCUGACAUGGUACAGAAUAGGAUCACAUACCUCCAGAACCCCCAGGACUGCUCCAAGGCCAGGAAGCUGGUGUGUAACAUCAACAAAGGCUGUGGCUACGGCUGCCAGCUGCACCACGUGGUCUACUGCUUCAUGAUCGCAUACGGCACCCAGCGUACCCUCAUCCUGGAGUCCCAGAACUGGCGCUACGCCAUGGGCGGCUGGGAGACUGUCUUCCUCCCAGUUAGUCAGACGUGCACCGACCGCACCGGGGUCACCACCGGACACUGGUCAGGUGAGGCUAACGACAGAGACAUCCAGGUGGUAGAGUUACCCAUCGUUGAUAGUCUCCACCCGCCCCCCUACCUGCCCCUGGCUAUCCCAGAGGACCUGGCCCAGCGCCUCCACCGGCUCCAUGGAGACCCGUCCGUGUGGUGGGUGUCUCAGUUGGUCAAGUACCUGAUCCGGCCCCAGGCCUGGCUGGAGAAAGAGAUCCAGGAUACUACCGCCAAACUGGGCUUCAGCCACCCCAUCAUAGGGGUCCAUGUGCGGCGGACAGAUAAAGUGGGGACAGAGGCAGCCUUCCACCCUAUAGAGGAGUACAUGGUUCAUGUAGAAGACCACUUCCAACAUCUGGCUAGACGCAUGCUGGUGGACAAGAAGAGAGUCUACCUGGCCACCGACGACCCCGCACUACUAAAGGAGGCCAAGGCUAAGUACCCAGACUAUGAGUUCAUCAGUGAUAACUCCAUCUCAUGGUCUGCGGGGCUACAUAACCGCUACACUGAGAAUUCACUGAGAGGAGUCAUCCUGGACAUUCACUUCCUGUCACAGACCAACUUCCUGGUCUGCACCUUCUCCUCACAGGUGUGUCGUGUGGCAUAUGAGAUCAUGCAGACCCUCCACCCGGACGCCUCGUCUCACUUCCACUCCCUGGAUGACAUCUACUACUUCGGUGGCCAGAACGCCCACAACCAGCUAGCCGUGUAUGCCCACCAGCCCCGCAGCCCCGACGACAUCCCCCUGGAGCCCGGCGACCUGAUCGGGGUGGCGGGGAACCACUGGGACGGAAACUCCAAGGGCAUCAACCGCAAGACGGGCCGUACCGGCCUCUACCCGUCCUACAAGGUGAAGGAGAAGAUCGAGACCAUCAAGUAUCCUACGUACCCCGAGGCAGACAAGAUGCUGAAUCAGUAGAGAGAGACUGAGAUACAGACUGAGAUACAGACUGAGAUACAGACUGAGAUACAGACUGAGAUACAGGCUGAGAUACAGACUGAGAUACAGACUGAGAUACAGACUGAGAUGCAG